CGUACCCACCGCCCUGCUUCUAGGGAGGGGCAGCUGCCCCCUUGCCCCGUGGUGGGUACGCCCAUGGAUUGCAAGCUGAUAAAAUGAAUUGGCUUUCAGGGAACUCUUAGCAGGAUUUAUUUUCUUUUUUUAAACACUCCUUUCCCCUGGAAAGCCCUAAGGAAAAUGGUGUUGGGAGUAGGGAUGGAUGAGAAAUCCGAUUCAGUUCCCAUUUGAAGAUGAACCCACCAAAAUUUCACUUUCUGAAACAAUAUGCAAACUGAGACCCAGCAAUCUUUUGAAAUUCACACUUCUCUGAAUUUUCAGUGCAGUUCUGCCCCCAAGUAAUGCGUACCAAAAAUGCAUAUACUAGGGUAAAAAUGCAUGUGUCAGUGGAAAUUGCCUGCAAAAAUGUGUUAUAUUAGGGGAAAUUGUGUAUAUUGGGAGAAAUUCUCCUUUAAAAUGCUGGUGAAUAUUCACAAGGACCAUUAAAAAAAUCACACACUUAUGUGGAAAUGUGGAGAACUGAAUUUAAGGUUGGAAAAAUGAAAAGCGGAGAGAAACUGAAAUGGACAGGUUGCCCCAUCCCUAUUAAUGGAAAUGGAGAGGAAUGGGGCAAUGAAGAGGUUGUAUGUGGGUGUGGAAGGAUAGGCCAUGACAGGGUCAAGCAAUAUGAAUCACAGGCUGGAAAUGAAUUGUGAAACACCGGAAACUGAAGGCCCAGUGGUGUUUAUGUACAUGUGUGGAAAACAGCAGACCAGACUCCAAGAAUUUGUUUUCAUUUCACUGAGGUUGAGAAAUCACAUUGCUUCCCUGAAAACAAGCACCUUGGGGGAAACAUGGUUUGGUGCUUGGUGUGUGUGAGAGCCGGGCUAAUACCUCUGUGAAACAAAUUUAGGCUAUUUGAUAAAUCCUUUUUAUUGUGCAUCCAUGAUGAUUUGGUCUCAUGAUGUUAUUGGAGUGGUCAUAUGCAAAACCAUUGGCACUUGCCAACGUUUUGGGGCAGGGAUACUGCCCCAUUCACACCCCUUGCCCCCAUGAUAGAGGGGACCCAAGGCCGUGUGACGUCAGUGAUAUGUAUGUGCAUGCCUCGCAGCGUGCAAGCAUGACAUCAGCAUACAUGUUUGUGCCCAUGAUUUUGCCCAGUGCUGGCCCGCCCAUCAGGCAAGGUGAGGCGACUGCCUUGGGCAGCAGGAUCCAUGGGGCAGCAGAUCCUGAUGUAGAUCUUUAUUUCCCACCCCCUCCUGCUCCUGAUGUAGCUUUUCAUGCACCCAUUUCCCCCCUGGUGGAGAGGAGGAUGACAUCCUGUGCUUUGCCUCAGGCACCCAAAUGUCUUGAGCAAGCCGUGCAUCAUCCCAUGUGGGGUUUAUUGCUGCAUAUAUCAAUUUGUCUGUAUGUGAACCUGCAGCAGAUCAUUUAAGAGAGUUCCUAAAGGAAGUCCCUUAUCUAUUGACCUUAAUAUUGCUGCUGUAAGCACAGUUGCGCCACUCCUUCAACUAGCAAUUGCUGAUACAACGUGUCAAACCUUGGACUUUACCUCUGGGGCUAUUCCUCAACCAGGCUUGGCAGGCCUAUUCUGAACACUGACUGGCAAAGAGAGUUGCUUCCAUAGAGAUGUAGGCAGAGAUUAACUUGGCCAAAAGUCACUUGGGAUGAACUGCAAAUGUUUGGAUUGCUUAGCAAAUUGACUCUCUCACCUGCCUAGGUGUGCAGCAGGAGAGCCCACCCACCACAGGGAAUUGUGGGCAGUCCAGAGUGCACUCUUGAUGAUCCCUCAUCUCAACCAAUGUCACCAUCUGAGACAGGGCUGUGCCAAACGAAACAUUCAGGAAUCCCAACCAGCCACCCCUUUUCAUGGAUCAAUUGAUGGUGGCGCUGAUGGUGGGGAACCCUGGUGUUAUAGCCAUCUCUCUGUUUAGAAGUAAUCCUCACUGAGUUAGAUGGGACCUACUCCCAUGUAAGUGAAAGGUAUUUGCUCUGAGCUUUGAUGAGCUAGGAUAAGAAUGGUUGCUAACUUGUUAAUAGAAUCAUAGAACCAUAGAGUUGGGAGGGGACCCCAGGUGUGAUCUAGUCCAACCCCCUACAAUGCAGGAAUCUCAAAUAAAGCAUUAAAGACAUAUGGCCAUCCAACCUCUGCUUUAAAAUCUCCAAGGAAGGAGAAUUCUUUGUGGUCAUCUCCACUGAGUUGGUUUAUCUUUUAUGGGAUUUUUGUUGAUUUUAUUGCUGCAUGUAUGGACAGGAAUUGAAGGCAUGAGUGUGCUACAGUGCAAUCCUCCGCAUAUUUACUCAGAAGUAAAUCCUACCAAGUUUGCUUACUCCCAGAGCCAUGGAAAGCAAAGGACCAUGGGAUGCAGAAUCCAGUGGGAGCAUGGUUAUUCCAGAGGUAGAAGAAAAGCCAGGAGAGAGGAAGGAUGAGCUCGAGGACAGAGGACAGUGGACCAACAAAGUGGAGUUUCUAUUGUCUGUGGCUGGAGAGAUCAUUGGUCUGGGCAAUGUAUGGAGAUUCCCUUAUCUCUGCUACAAGAACGGAGGUGGUGCCUUCUUCAUCCCAUACCUCAUAUUCCUCUUUACUUGUGGGAUCCCAGUAUUCUUGCUGGAGACAGCCCUUGGGCAGUAUACUGGCCAGGGUGGGAUCACUGCCUGGAGACGGAUCUGCCCUAUCUUUGAAGGAAUUGGCUAUGCUUCCCAAGUCAUUGAAUCGUUCCUGAAUGUCUACUACAUCAUCAUAUUGGCUUGGGCCCUGUUCUACCUAUUUAACUCCUUUGCUGCUGUUCUACCCUGGGCCAGCUGCAGUAAUACCUGGAAUACAGCUCUUUGUGUGGACUUUCUGAACAGCUCGAGUUUGGAAGACAAGAUCAUGCCAGCUAACGCCACCUCUCCAGCCAUUGAGUUCUGGGAGAGGAGAGUCUUGGGAAUAACAGAUGGGAUACAUAAUCUGGGCACCGUGAGGUGGGAACUGGCUCUCUGCCUCUUGCUUGCCUGGAUCAUCUGCUACUUCUGCAUCUGGAAAGGCGUCAAGUCCACUGGCAAAGUGGUCUACUUCACUGCCACAUUUCCUUACCUGAUGUUGAUUGUUCUGCUGGUUCGAGGAGUCACUCUUCCUGGUGCAACCGAAGGGAUUCUGUUCUAUUUGAAGCCAGACAUUUCAAGACUAGCAGAUCCCCAGGUAUGGAUGGACGCAGGCACUCAGGUCUUCUUCUCUUAUGCCAUCUGCCAGGGGUGCCUCAUAGCUUUGGGCAGCUACAACAAGUACAACAACAAUUGCUACAGGGAUUGCUUUAUGCUCUGCUUCCUGAAUAGUGCCACUAGUUUUGUGGCUGGCUUUGCCAUCUUCUCUGUGUUGGGCUUCAUGGCGCACGAACAGGGUGUGCCUGUCUCAUAUGUGGCUGAAUCAGGUCCUGGCCUAGCAUUUAUUGCCUACCCAAAAGCUGUCACCAUGAUGCCUGUGUCUCAGUUGUGGUCCUGCUUGUUCUUCCUUAUGCUGAUCUUCUUGGGACUGGACAGUCAAUUUGUCUGUGUUGAGAGCUUGGUGACAGCCAUUGUUGACUUGUUCCCGGACAUCUUCCGUAAGAAAGGACGUCGGGAGAUGCUGAUCCUGGGCAUUGCAGUGAUCUGCUACUUAGUUGGCUUGCUACUGGUCACUGAGGGUGGAAUGUACAUCUUUCAGCUGUUUGAUUAUUACGCAGCCAGUGGGACAUGCCUGCUUUUCCUCGCUAUCUUUGAAGUUGUCUGCAUUGGAUGGGUUUAUGGAGCAGGCCGUUUCUAUGACAACAUUGAGGAUAUGAUUGGCUACAGGCCAUGGCCCUUGGUUAAAGUGUGCUGGCUCUUUCUCACACCUGGAGUUUGUCUGGCCACCUUCCUGUUUUCACUCAUUAGGUACACACCGCUCACGUAUAACAAAGUAUACGAAUAUCCACCAUGGGGUAUUGCUGUGGGCUGGUUGAUGGCACUGUCCUCUAUUAUCUGCAUCCCGUUGUAUGCUGUGUUCAUCCUUCUGAAAACCAAAGGAUCAUUAAAAGAGCGGUUACACCAGCUCACUUCUGCAGCAGAGGACUUGCCCCAGCCCAAGAAGCACCUGAUUGGACUGUGCUUCAAGCCGGAAGGUCAACAUCCAGGCAAGGAUGUGCUCAUCACCACAGAGAAGGAAACCAACUUCUAGACCUCCCAGGGAAGAACUUCUUUACCUUCUGGAGACAUCUCUCAUUAUUUCUUUUGUCUUCUGCUUACAUCUGGGAUGAGUUGCUGCUCAGGGUCCCUUAAGAUGCCAGCACCUUCUUCCCUUUGCAUUUACUUAGCAUACAGACUGGAAUAGGGCCAAUGGAACAGUCACUGUAGAGGUGGAAAAUUGUCUGUGAAGAGUCCACAGCUCAGAGGAAACCUGAAUUCCUGUUUACUGGCAGUGCUAGGGGAUUGAACCUGGCAUAUUGUGCAUGCAACACAGGUGCUUUAACCACUGUGCUAUACACUCCUUCCCAUUUAUAAGAAAUAAAUUAGCAGCAAGAUGUCAGAAAAGACAGCGAAUAAAGCUAGCCAGUUCAAGUUCCUGGUGACUUCCUGAAAGUUUCUUCCACUGCUGGCUUAACUCACUGGCAAAAACAUUUCGCGUUCCUUGAACACCUGAAUCUUUAGCCAUAUCUGCAUGACCUAACUGCAGGAAUUGUAGCAAAUUUGGUGGAUUACUGUUGUGUUGUUUUUAAUUUUAAAAUUCACAGAGAUCUCUGCUGUAGGUGAGAUUCCUUUUUUAUUUUUAUCUUAAGAAGAGUGGCAACAAUCCGCAUUUGGAUGUAGAAACUAGAGCUUGAUCGCUCAACCUCUCCCAUUCGGCAGGAGGCCCUGGAGGGGGGAAAGGUGAUAAAUUGGAAGCAAGAUGAGUUUGUCAGAAAAAGAGCAUGUCAAAGCCACUUAAGAUCUUUCUCUUUUUUCCCCUUUAAGAAGAGACUUGUGCAGAAAGGAAAUGGAGCAGGCAGUAUUUCAGCUUGAAUAUCCAUUGUUUGAUUCAGCUCUGUGUGACAUCCUUGAGUUGCUAGAAAAACUUGAGAAAUGCAAGUUGAAUGCAACUGCCAUAUAAGUAAAUGCCAAAACUGCAUUAGAAGUGCAGGACGGUCUGGAUCAUAUAGGAGAUAACAAAGCUGAAGUCUCUGACCGCAUGAUGCUAGCUUAGCAUUUGUGAUACAGAGGUUGGCAUAUGGUCUGUGGCACAAAAUAAGAGGUAGUGGGGGUGGGAGGGAAAUGGAAGGCGCAAGCUAGAAAAUCAAUUUCUGUGCACAGAGUCCUGGUUUGCUCUCAUUUAUUUCUUGUGUAAAUGUUCACUGCUAACCAAGGUCAAUUCAAUAUCCUAAACACCAAGAGGGAACUCUUUUUGCAUUGUGAAUGUUGUGGCUGCAGCUAGGGAUGUUGGAGAAUUCUGACGAAAAUGGAAACAGGAGUGGAAAUUGCCUGUGUUUGUUUAUUUGUCCCAUGUCCAGAAAUCCAUUGAGUAUGAUCAGUAAUUGCUGCUGCUGUUGCUUUCAGCCCUCAAAUGAUAAGCAAUUGAUUCCAACCCUCCUCUCCCAUAUUUGCAUUGUGUUUCCUUUGUAUUCCUUGCAGAAUUUCGGAGAAGAGCAAAAGAGUUAAAGGUUUACUGCAUCUCAGUUUGCUUAUUGCUUCAAGGAGAGUGAAUUGCAUAAACUUGGAUUAAAAUGCAGGUUGAGCCAAAUUCCACCUCCACCCCUAGAUUAGGCAAAGUGUGCUGUCUCAGUAAUGGAAAGGCCGGUUCUGAAAUGGUCAAAUCAUAUACUGUACUGUACCAUGAAUAUGAUUUGGAGCCAGGGUCCAUUUCAGCACUUGGAACUUCUUGGCCAGUUGUUGAGAGCCCAGUGCCUGGUAGGGCACACCAGCACUAAAACCUACCUUUGGCCCCCAUGUCAGGUAGAUGGGUCUGUGAGUCACCAUUCACAUUUCCCACAAUGACCCAGAACAGUUGCCUGUUUCUUGUUCUGCUAUGGCAAAACUUAUGCACACUUACCUAGGACAGUCUCUUCAAAUUUUCAUAGGAUCUGUUUGUAGACAAUAGUUUCAUCCAAUGCAGCACUAAGUUGAAGUCUCUUAGUGGUAUACUUGUUCCACUGGAAAAAUGUGUUGCACCAAUGGAGCAUUGAUGCAUGAGUGAAUGCAUAAGCAGCUUGUUGGUAACUUUGUUGUGCAGUCUCUUUUGGAACAAGUUUCUGCUAGCACAACUGUUGCAGUGGAUUCCUCUGUUGCAUAACAUUAAAACUCAGCCACCCACUUGCACAAGAACCCUUGCAAGAAAACACUCAAUACAGCCCAUAGAAAUGAUGUGCUCAUCAGAGUUUUGAUCUGUCAGGUUUUUUUUUCCACCAGCAGAAGUUAUUCCUAAUUCCAAGGUGUUCAUCAGCAACUUGAAUGUUCAUAAAAAGCCAUCUAACUCUUGUUUACAGCAUUUGUGUGUACAGAAGACAUCCCAUAAAGGAUUGACAAGUGGUGUUUGUUU